AUGUAAAAGCUCAUUAGGUUAAAAUAAAUUGGAAUCAUAAACUAAAUUAACUUCAAAAGUAGUUUUAAAUUGAGUAUAAGCGAACUUGAUCAAUUUCCAAAUUGGUUUGUAAAAAUUCAUUCCUUAUUUCAACAUAAUUUGAAGACGAAGAGGAACAAUCAAAACAAAUCAAAUUGCAUACUAGUCUUCCAUAAAAUAAGAUAAAAAUUGAAAUUGUUGAUAAAAUUUAAUCUAAUUAUGAAUAAUCUCAAUAUAGAUAUACAAAGUUUAAAGUUUAAAAUAAUGAAAGUUAUCAAAAGAAUGAAAAUUAAGAAUUAAACAGUAUUCGACAUUCGUUAUUUUCCAUAAUUCAAAAUAAUAGAGUUUAAAGACAUCAAUUUUACUAAUUAGGAAAUACAGAUUAAUAAUUGCAACUAUUGGAACAUUGAAUUUAUAAAAUGA